CCUCACAGACGAAAUUGCGCAGAGAGGUGAAGCCGAUGCCGACGAAGAUCGACGCAACGAAGUCGAAAAUGCGAUCAAAAUCUUCAAGGAAGCCGCUCCGAGAUGUUUCUAAUGCUAAGGUUUCCGUCAAGCCUCCGAAUAAUUCCAAGAAAAACAUUCCGGAAGAAGACGGGGGCAAAACAGGCGGCAAUUCGCUAGAUUGCCUCCUCCUUGUACACUCGGACAUAUCUUCUCUUCUGAGGCAGAUUGAUGAGCUAGUCGUGCAAGCACUCCAGCUGACAGGUGACAAGGGGAGGAAGGAAAUAAAAAAGUUUGCAGAUUUGUUGUCUGAUAUGCGAACUUCAUUGAAGCCAUGGAUUCCCAAAUUUCAAAAUGUCAUUACCAGCGGCUCUGAUGAGAAUACGUCCAAACAGUCAGCUGACAAAACUGCUACUCGAAAACCAAAAGAAAGCACAGAGGCUAUCAUUGAAAGCCCUGAAGAGAGCCAGAGGGAGUCACUCAUUUCUCCAUCACCGCUGGUUUCCUGGCGCGCAGAAUGGAAAACCGAAGGCGGCCGGCAGUUGUUUCUACUCACACCAUUGCCUCAGACAAUGACAAAGACGAAGAAGUUUUCCUCCAAACUUCAGGCAUCAUCUAUUCCUGGAAUGGAAGAAGCCGUCCAUCCGGUGUCCCUUUUCGAUUCAGUGGGAAACAUGGGAACUGAUCUUCCCGAGAGUGCAUUGGCAAAGACAUCCGCCAAUAAAGCUGUUGAAACUCUUGAAGACAUUUCCACUUCUCCACCGACCUCUUCAAAAAUGGAUUGCUCUAUGAUCGUCAUGACCCCAUGCUUGAAAAUGUCGCCUCCAAAGUCAUGCAUAUUGCUCGAGCCGGCAUCCAUGUUCUCUAAGAAGCAUCCAGGAGAUCAGAAAUCCACACCUUAUCCUCUACCCAAGUACUCUAAGAAGCAUUCAGAAGAUCACAAAUCCACACCUUAUCCUGCUGCUGUCCGAAACUCAGAUUCCUUCGACUCUGAAUCCUCAUCAGGUGGCAAUCAAUCUUCGGAUGAUCUGAAAGUAAAGUACCCCGAGCUGUUCGGGAUAAACACAAACACUAUGGGAAGCAAAAAAGUGGCAGAAAAUUCGCCAAACUGGAUUGUCUCUCCUCCAAAAACCUGUGUCAUAAUGGAGCCUCCUGACGAGAAAUCCUCGAAGAAUCAACCUGCAUUUGAUUUAGUCGAAAGCACGCCUAUGAUAAAGGAGGUGGCGAGCAACUUCCGAGUGGGAAAACAUCCGGGAGAGAACACUUUGAAGAGGGAGCUGUGGACAAAGUUUGAGGCUGCAUCUAGUAACACCAUUGUUCGUUUUGAAUCUUCGAUCCUUCAUGCUACGACAAGGAAAGGCUUUCUCGAGCAAUUGGAAGAGGCUUCCGAUGCCUGAUUCGGGUACGUCGAUAAAUUUUGUGUACUUGUAGAAGAAGGGAAGGGUGGGGAGGGGGUUGUUGAAUUUUGUAGAGGUACCUAAUGGGAGCAACUUCCAUGAAUGUGUUGUGUUGUAUUGCUGAACUUAGCAGAAAUAAGAAACUAAAACUAAAUUUUAUGUAUGAUAUCUU